UGCUGCGUGUCGGACACUUUUAGCUGUUGCACCUUGCUGUUUCUCCGAGCAAACAUGGCGUCAGGGUACUUGCUAAAUCGUGGCGUGCUAACAUUAGGGAUUCAUUGCCAGCGUGUGUGCAGAAAUAUUUCAUUAUCACAGGUUAGAGAGAAAAAGCGAUGGAUGAAAGCGUACACGUACCUCAUGGCAAAGAAGUUGAAGCUGGAAGGACCUCCACCUCCGAAACCCCGGUCCCAGAAGCCUCACUGGGACUACCAUGCAGAAGUUCAAGCUUUCAACCAUCGCCUCCAUGAGAACUUCUCUCUUGAACUUCUGAAAACAGCCUUCAUCAAUCCCUGUUACCUGCAGGUGGAGCAAGAGCGGAGAAAGGGGUUGGGUGUGGACUCUGAGACCACCAGUCUAGCUCUAAAAGAUAAUGUUGAGCUGAGUAAAAACGGGUCGGCUUUCACCGAAAACUUCCUGACCGACUGGUUCAGGGCAAGCUUCCCGAGCCUGCCAGCCAGUGGGGUGGAAAGUAUUGUAGGGCACCUCACCAGUCCAGCAGUCGUCACUUAUGUAGCCAGAAAUCUGGGCAUUGAAGACCUAACAAUGAGUGCAGAAUUCCCUGUUCCAGAUGAUGUGCUCCAUUCUACUUUCAUGGCAGUGAUCGGAGCUCUGCGGGAAAGCAGUGAAGCAGAGCGAACUGCAUUAUUUCUCAGGGAUUUUCUGGUGACUCAGCUGAUAGGAAAGGACCUCUUUGAUAUUUGGACUGUGGUCAACCCCAUGGGACUAUUGGUGGAAGAGCUUACUAAGAGGAAAAUUCCUCUGCCAGAGCCUCGUCUCAUCAGGUCUGCUGGAGCCAGUACAGUCUUGCCAUUGUACUUUGUUGGCUUGUACAGUGACAAGAAGCUACUGGCUCAGGGUCCAGGAGAGACGCUUGCAGCAGCGGAGGAAGAAGCAGCUCGUGUGGCCCUCCGGAAACUUUAUGGCUACACUGAGAACCGCAGACCUUUUGAAUUCUCUCCACAACAGCAGCAUCAGCAGCCAUUAAUUCAGUCAGUCAGCAGCAAUUAACAUCUCUAACACUGCAGCAAAGAAAAAAAAAUAAAAAAUUUAAAGGGGCAAGGAUGAACAGGAAUCUAGUUUGUAGACUUAAGUCUUCUCACAGAUUGCAGAUCAUGUGUUGAACUUGACAGGAUUAGUUUCUGUUAGGUAUUUAAAUGUCAGGUAAUGUUCUAAGAAAAAGUGUUGGCUCAGACAGAAUGAUAAUUUUCUGGUAGAUAUGAUGACAGUUGUGACGUACACUGGUCAGCUUACUCUGGAUAGUAAUGUACAGGUCCUGAAGGCCAUUACACAAAAUACUCUUGUAAAUAAUACAAAUACCAUUUGGUCUACUGUCUCUUAUGUAAUAAUGUGUUAUUCAACUGUAAUAAAAAAAAAUUGUGUAAAAUUG